AUGGGGACCUGGAUUUUGUUUGCCUGCCUCCUGGGAGCAGCUUUUGCUAUGCCCCUACCACCUCAUCCUGGGCACCCUGGUUAUAUCAACUUCAGCUAUGAGAACUCACAUUCUCAGGCUAUCAAUAUUGGCAGGCCUGCAUUAGUGCUUACCCCUUUGAAGUGGUACCAGAGCAUAAGGCAGCCGUACCCUUCCUAUGGUUACGAACCCAUGGGUGGAUGGCUGCACCACCAAAUCAUCCCCGUGCUGUCCCAGCAGCACCCCCAGACUCACACCCUGCAGCCUCAUCACCACAUCCCAGUGGUGCCAGCUCAGCAGCCCGUGGCCCCCCAGCAACCAAUGAUGCCAGUUCCUGGCCACCACUCCAUGACUCCAACCCAACACCACCAGCCAACCCCCCCUCCGCCAGCCCACCAGCCCUCCGUUCAGCCGCAGCCUCACCAGCCCAUCCAGCCCAUCCAGCCCAUCCAGCCCCAGACACCUGUGCACCCCAUGCAGCCCCUGCCGCCACAGCCACCUCUGCCUCCGAUGUUCCCCAUGCAGCCCCUGCCACCCAUGCUUCCCGACCUGCCUCUGGAAGCUUGGCCAGCAACAGACAAGACCAAGAGGGAGGAAGUGGAUUAAAAGACCAAAAUAUGAGAAGAGAACUGAAGUUAAUGCUUCAGUUGCUUUCA